AUGUCGAUACCAAUCCCCCUGAGCGACGACGAGCCGAUCGAGUGCCUGAUCCACUUUGCGCAGAUCCACGAGACAUUUCGAAAGGCGGAGAUUGACGCGCUGGCGGUGCUGCAUGGCAUUGAGGUUGUGUGGACGGGGUAUAGCGACGAUAGCCCCUACGCAACCCUCCUCCUCCCCUCGCGCGCCUCCGCGCGCACCCUCGUCUCCCGCAGCAUCCUGACAAAGUCCCUCUACGAGCUCUGGGCCACCGCCCCCACCCUGCCCUCCCUCCACGACACCAUCCGCCAGCGCACUUCGCACCUGUGGCCCGCCCUCUCCGCGCACCCCUUCAAAUUCACCAUCGAAACCUACAACGCCUCCCACACCGCCGCCGCCCAACUCGCCCUCAUCAACACCUUCUCCUACCUCCCCCUCACGGGCCCCAUCUCCCUCCACAACCCCACCACAACAUUCACCCUCCUCGAGUCCUACGCCCCCCGCGCCCCCACACCGCACACCCUCCACUUCGGCGUCCGCCUAUCCGCCGGCGCCCGCAACCUCCCCGACACCUACGACCUCAAGAAGCGCACCUACAUCGGCACAACCAGCAUGGACGCCGCCCUCUCGCUCAUCACCGCCAACCUCGCCCUCGCCGCGCCGGGCAAGCUCGUCUACGACCCCUUCGCCGGCACCGGCUCGUUCAUUGUCGCCGCCGCCGCCUUCGGCGCCUCCACGUGGGGGAGCGACAUUGACGGGCGCCAGAUCCGCGGAAAGCCAGCCGGCCCGGGCGUGAGGGAUAAUUUCGUCCAGUAUGGGCUGGUGGGCGGCUAUGUGGAUGGGUUUGUGAGCGACUUGACCAACAGCCCGGUUGCGGCGAGGAGGUUUCUGGAUGCGGUUGUGUGUGAUCCGCCGUAUGGCGUGCGCGAGGGGCUGAAGGUGCUGGGAUCGCGGGAUCGCGAGAAGGGGCGGGAGGCGGUGGUGCGGGAUGGGGUGUUGAGGCACCUGCAGCCAGACUACGUGCCCCCCAAGCGGCCAUACAGCUUCACGGCCAUGCUCGGCGACAUCCUCGCCUUCUCGGCCGCGCGCCUGGUCGACGGCGGGCGCCUGUGCUUCUGGAUGCCGACGGCCAACGAGGACUUUGUCGAGGGCAUUGACAUCCCGACGCAUCCGCAGAUGGAGCUCGUGUGUGUGUGUGUGCAGGUGUUUAAUAAGUGGUCGCGGAGGCUAUUAACGUAUUCGCGGAAACCCGGGAAUGAGGGUCUGGAGGGCGUGGCGCCGGUGAAGGAGACUCGGGAGGAAGGUGCUGCGGAGGGGGCGCCGAGGAAGGCGACGGCUGAUGAGUUGAAUAAUUUUAGGAAGAAGUAUUUCGAGGGCUUCCGGCCUUCGUGA